GUCAAGAGACAGUAGUGGAGGACGCCAUGUGCUUUUGAGGAAGAAGGACUGACAGAGUACGCUUCUGACUGAAUUGGAAUUAGCUGUCGUAGAUCCGUAAAGUAGUUUCAGACGUGUUACUGGGGUCACAAAUAAUAAACAUGUACUGCACAAGACAUUGCAUACGGACCGCACUGCGAAUGGCCGCAAAGACUAAUCGGCAGGAGAUCCAGACCCCAACUCUAUGUGCCCUCCGAACACUCAGGACCAGCCCAGCAUGCCAUUCUGAUGUCAUCGCCUCCCCACCACUAGAUGGAAGCCCCAAACAGUACUCCCCCAAAAUUACCCAGCUGGUCAACGACAUCACCGGCCUCACCUUGUUAGAGGUGUCAGACCUCAACGAGCUACUCAAGAAAACCCUCAAUAUCCAGGAUGUUGGAAUGAUGCCGAUGGGAGCGAUGGCAGCAGCCCCUGUAGCUCAGGCUGUGGAAGACGAAAUGGUUCCAGUAAAGAAAGAGAAGACUCACUUCACAGUAAAGCUGACAGAACUGAAGGCACCAGAGAAAGUGAAACUCAUAAAGGAAGUUAAGAACUGUAUCCAAGGCUUGAACCUGGUGCAGGCUAAGAAGUUAGUGGAGUCUCUCCCCCAGGAGAUACGAGCCAAUGUGUCCAAAGACGAGGCAGAGAAGCUGAAGGCAGCCCUGGAGGCGGCGGGGGGCACUGUGGUUUUGGAGUAGUGACCAGGGGGGCACCAUCCCUCCUUCCGACUGACCGUCUCUACAUCUGGCUGGUGCUUGGUUACUCCUCCAUUCUGUCCAUAUUUUCUUUUUUUUUCUUCUUUUUUACAGCCGUAAAGGUGAAGGGAAACCGUACUUUGGGGAAAUGAAAAACCCAUUGCCUUGAUGAUGUUGCCACUUGGCUGUUCUAGACACCAACCAGAGAGCGGGAGGCAGGGCGGGGCGGGGCGGGGCGGGAGAGACUAACUCACAGACUGAUCUUCUCAGGCUCAGAGCCUGAACACGCCUGCCCUCCCACCUGGCCACUCAUCCAUCUGCCUGUUUGUUUGUCCGCGGCUGCCUUCCCGUUCUCCACCUUUCCUCCCCUGUGUGUGCAGUGGCAGUCCUCCUCAUGUGGGCUGAACUGUCCUACAAGCCCAUGUUUUCUGUGUCCGCCGACACGUUGCAUUUUAUUCCGCGACGGGGGAGUGCACACUCUGGGAGAAGGGUGGAGAUCAGGGAUGUAGCCGGUAGGUUCAUUUGGUGUUGCCGGCUCCGCUGGGCAGCUGUCACGCAGACACCGUGGCGGCUCACUAACCCUGUUUGUCUGAAUGUCAGUUACCCCGAAAGGUGGUUAUCCCACACAGCACGUUACUUCCUGAUGACCCAGUCACACGGCAGUCACAGCGUAUUAGUUGCCAUUUAGUUCAGUUUGACUGUCAGUCAUCUGUCCAUCGUCUGUUUAUUAAUUUCCUACAUUUGUGUAAUUAAGCACUUGGCUGGUUGUUCCAUGGGUGGUGUGUGUCUGGGUCGUCAGGGAGUAGCUCCAGGCGCUGUGCUCGCUGCCAAGCUUUUUGGGACAGCCCGUCGCUGGUUACAGGCAUGUCCUGUGUAAUGUGAUGUUUGCCACUGUUAUUACUUGUGGUAAAACAAUGUGUCGUGCAGCACCAAGAUAAUGUGUCCUCAUACUGUUAGGCUGCUGUACUAUCAAUGGUGAUGUGAUUAAAAUGGAAAAAUACAAGUACAA